CAGUAACUGUUUGACAGUUUCAUCAGACGCUGCAGAGGCUGAAUCUGUCCAUGUCUGGAAGAGUUGGAUCAUGGCCACAGCAUCUGAUGUUCAACCUCUGAAGCGCAGCAGCAGCUAUGACUGGCUACGACCUGACAUGUCUGAGCUGAGGGUUGUUCUUCUGGGGAACAACUGGUCUGAGAAGAAUUCAGUAGGAAACCUGAUCCUGGAUCAGGAUGUUUUUAACAUUGAACUCACCUUCUGUAUGAGAAUCAGUGGAACAAUAAAAGAUAAAAAAUUCGUCAUCAUCAACACCCCGGAUCAUCUACUGUCUGACAUCUCACACCAUCAGCUGAUGAAGUUCAUAAAAAACUGUUCAGAUGUUUCACAUCCUGGACCUCAUGUGUUCCUGCUGGUUCUACAGCCUGAAGACUUUACUGAAGAACACAAACAGAGAAUAGAAUCAAUCCUUAAAAACUUCAACGAUCAGUCAUUUAAUCAAACACUGGUUCUGAUUUCACCAAGAAAACAGAGUCCAGGACGCACGGAAACAUACAGACAACGUCCAGCUGUAAAAGACAUGAUCAGAAGAUGCAGAUGUGGAUAUCUACAGAUGGAGAACCUUCAGCAUGAUGAACUGUUAACACGAUUGGAUCAAAUAGUGAAAGAGAACAAUGGAGAACAUCUGAGCUACGAAGAAUUUGAGGAAACACCAUCUUCUUCAUCAGAUGAUCAUGAAGGCUUCAAACUUAAGCAAACAGGUUCUGGUGUCAUGGGUCCUAUUCAAGAUGCUGGGCUGACUGCGGGAAAACAUGUCCAGUCUGACCUCUCUGUCUCUUGGACAAACCCUUCAUCUCACAAAUCUGAUCUCAGGAUUGUUCUGUUUGGGAAAAAUGAAGACAAGAAGAAUAAAGUUAUUAAUUUAAUCCUUGAGAAGCAAAGCUGGUCUUUAUCAAAAUCCUUGCCAACUAAACAAUGUGUGACCAUUGAUGGAGAGUGGAGAGGAAAACCACUAACUGUGGUGAAAACUCCAGACAUCUGCAGUCUGACGGUGGAAUCACUGAGAAAAGUAGUGAACUACAUGACACCUGGACCAAAUGUUCUUCUGCUGCUGGUUAAACCGUCAGAUUUCACUGAGGAGGACAGUCAAACACUGAGGUCCAUCCUGAGUUUGUUUGGUCCAGAUCCCUUCAAACACUCCAUGGUUGUCUUCACACAUGAUCACAUGAGUGAAAUGAGUUCCUCUGCCAAUGAGCUCCUGAAAGACUGUGUAGGAAGACACUACAACAUGUCUGUAGAAGACCACGGUGUUUUAAUGGAGAUGAUUGAAGAAACUAAAGACAACAGCCUCGCGUUCCUCGGUCUAGUCAUCAAACCACCUUUAAACCUGGUUCUGUGUGGGAGCAGAAGAUCACAGAAGACUUCAGCAGCCAGGGCCCUUCUAGGUCUGACUGAGCUUCGUUCAGGUUCUUCAGAGUUUGUUAAGCAUCAGGUGGAGGUCUGUGGACGUCGGGUUUCUGUGGUGGAGCUGCCUGUCCUGAAUGGAAGACCUCAGGAAGAAGUGAUGAAAGAGUCAUUCCAGUCCAUCUCCCUCUGUGAACCUGAGGGCGUCCACGCCUUCAUCCUGGUCCUACCAGUGGGUCCACUCACCAACGAAGACAAGGCAGAGUUAGAGACCAUCCACAACACAUUCAGCUCUCGAAUCAGGGACUUCACCAUGAUUCUGUUCACUGUGGAGUCAGAUCCUACAGCUCCAGCUGUGGUGAACUUUGUAACAAAGAGUAGUGACAUCCAGGAGCUGAGUCAGAAAUAUGGAGGAACAUCUGUCAUUCUCAGCGUCAGAGACAAACAGCAGGUCUCUGAGGUGUUGGACAUUGUGGACAGAAUGAGAAUGUCCAAGGACAAACCGUCCUACACAGUAGAAACAUUUGCACGAGUCCAACUAGAAAAGAUCACUGAGCUACAGACUGAAAAUGAAGAUCUGAAAAACAAACGCCUAAACCCCUGUGAUGAAGAUAAACAGAGUCCAGAUUGUCUGAGGAUUGUGUUGAUUGGAAAAACCGGCAGUGGAAAGAGCUCCUCAGGAAACACCAUCCUGGGAAGAAAAAAGUUUAAAGCUCAAUCAAGUCAAACAUCAGUCAUUAAAGUUUGUCAGAAAGUACCAGGUCAGGUGGACGGUCGUCGUGUCACUGUAGUCGACACUCCUGGUCUGUUUGACUCAUGCCUGACCAAUGAGGAGGUCCAUGAGGAGAUGGUGAAAUGCAUCAGUCUUUUGGCUCCAGGACCACAUGUCUUCCUGUUGGUGUUACAGAUCGGCAGAUUCACAGAAAAAGAAAAACAGACAGUAAAACUCAUCAAAGAAGGAUUUGGGAAGAAUGCUGAAAAGUUCACCAUCAUCCUUUUGACACAUGGAGAUGACCUGGAGGCUGAUGGGAUAUCGAUUGAUGAAUACAUAAGAGACAAAUGUGGUGAUUCAUUUAAGAAGCUGAUCUCUGACUGUGGAGGAAGAUACCAUGUGUUCAAUAACAGAGAUAAAAACCGCACACAGGUCAGUGAGCUGAUGAAGAAGAUCGACUCCAUGGUGAAAGAAAACGGAGGAAGCUACUUCACUAAUGAGAUGCUUCAAGAGGCUGAAGCUGUGAUAAAGAAAGAGAUGGAGAGACUGUUAAAGGAGAUAGUAGAAGAGAUGAGGAAACAGAAGGAGGAGCUGGAAAGAAAACAUGAAGAGGAAAUGAUGGAAAUGAAAAGACGAAUGGAAGAACAAAGAGAAGAAACUGAAAGAGAGAGAAAACAGAAAGAAGAAGAACUGAAAGUAAUGGAGGAAAACAUUAAGAGAGAACGUGAACAAAGGAAAAAAGAACAGGAAGAGAGAGAAGAGGAAGACAGAAGAAAAAAAGAACAAGAUGAACUUCAACGACAGGAGUGGAAACAGAAACUUCAAGAUCUGGAAAGAAAGAUAAGAUCAGAGUCAGAAUCUAAAGAAAGGAUCAACAGGAAACUGGAAGAUAGCAGAGAAGAAAUGAGGAAACAACGUGAGGCCUGGGAGGAAGAAAGAAGAAGAGAAUGGAACGAACGAAAAGAAGAGGAUGAAGAAAGAAAAAGAGAGGAGGAAGGAAAACUUAGAAAGCUUCAAGAACAAUAUGAGCAAGAGGGAGAAGAAUAUGAAAGAAAAAGAAGAGAAGAUGAAUGGAUCAGACAAGAAGAGGAAAAAAGACAGAGGGAAGAAUUAGAGAAAUAUAAGAGAGAAGUGGAAGAUCUGAAGAUGAAAUAUGAAGAGGAGGCCAGAAAGAAAACUGAAGAAUUCAAUGAAUUCACAGAGAAAGUCAGAAGGAAAUUUGACACUGAGAAGGAAGAAUAUGAGAAAAAUAUGAAGGAUAAAGAUGAGAAGUACGACCUGUUAAAGGCUCUGUCUGUCCACAAAGAGAGAGAAUGGAUGAGAAAACAUCAGGAGGAAAUCAGUGACUUGGUCAAAUGUGUGAAGAAGAAGAGAAACAAUCUGACAAAAAUCAGUGACUUACUGAGUAAACAUGAAAAAGAAAAGGAGAAUGUCAAAGAUCAGGAGGAAAAAGAAAAUCUGCAGAAAAAACAUGAAGCAGAAAAAACUGAACUGAUAGAGAGACUCCUGAAAGAAGAGGACAGAGGCUCUUAAUUUUUCUAUUGUUUCCAUUUUCUAAGUGCAUCUUUAAACACUCAGUGAUACUGUAUGUAUAUAUAACUGGAGUGAAUAUCACUGUCACAGAAAAUCAUCUGCAUGCAAUGACUCUUGGCAGGCACGUGCACACAUAGGGCCCAAAGGGGGCUUGAGCCCCUGCCCUUUUUGCCUCGUAGAAAAAGUGCCCUUUUUACUUUUAAAAACAAAUAAAUUCCUGUUCUGCAUAGGAAUGUAAAAGAAAACGGCUGCAUAAAAAUGCCACGGUUAUCUACCAUACGUAUUUCCUUGUAAUAGUGUGUCAUGGUAUUGUAUGUGUGUUGAGUCUGAUGCCGCUUCAUGGGGCUUCCCCAUGCUGCACGCUCACACGCUUGUCCGGAGAAAGAGAGAGAGAGAAAGAGAGAGAGAGAGAAGUACAAGCCUUGGUCACAUCUCCACUGUGUAGUUCCUGCACAGAUGAGACGGGACAGUGGAUUGACUUCAACCUUUGUGGCUUAUCAACCCCCCCCCCAACAUUGCUUGAAUGUAUUGAAUCACGGCGGAAACAGGAGGAAUCAUUCACUCCACUUGAUUUUACUGACAAUUUACAUUUGUUUCCAAAUACUGAGUUUGUUGUGCCUUUGCUGCUGUGAAUGUUUCUACAGCAGGAACAGGAAACUCCAACAGCAGUCACAGUAGGACUGUUUUAUAUGCAGCCUGGACUAUUUUUUUUUUUUAAAUGAAAGCUGCGUUAAUGUGCACCUUAGGAAAAAUAUCAUGUUAGCCUUAGCUUACCAAUUUGGAAGUUAUGACUCGGUUUUGGGGAGCCGGGAAAUUGUUCUCGUUUAUUGUGUAGCUAAUCUCAGGUCUCAGACUAUGUUAGCUAUGCUAUGUCAACAACAAAUCAUUGAGAUCAACAUGUUGACUGCAGUCCUGUAGGCAUGCAGGCUGAACUACAGACUAAACAGGACUGUUUUUCUAGUAUUUAUUUCUAUAUUUUUGUCAAUGUUCAAUGUUUCACAGUUGAAUGUUCAUGUGUUACAAUCUUUAUCUUCGACAAUAUGUAGCCUGAUAAUAAGCCGAUGUUUUAUUGCUUUUUAGAAUUGCAGCUGAACUGCAUGUCCUCCAAACCUCAGUAUUAUGAUACAUUUUGACAAUAAUUUGUUGACACAAGAGAAACAGCGAUUGCAUCACUCACAGCUCCAC